GGGAUCUUCUUUUUGUGCGCGUCACGGAUCGCCUGGCGGACGCGGUGUGGCUGGAACAGAGACGGCGCCCUGUACGCUCUCAUGUCAUCCGGAGCGCCGGGGUGGAUAGCCGCGGACAUGUCACCCAUGAUGGAUCGGUUGGGGGUUGCUGAUGGAAGAUAGUAGUGUUGGUCGUAGUCGAUGUUGGGUAAAUGCUUGUUGAUGUUGCGAUAGCAAAAUCACGAACCGCUGCAAAAGUACUUGUUGUGAGGGAAAUGUUUUGAAAGACUGGCCAUGGAGCUCGGUGAUCCUUAUACCCUUCGACCUGUCGGAUCCUUCCUUGAUGAGAGAACCAGCUUAGCUUGCCGGACAGGCAGAAGGCCCCCUGGGACUGGGAGAUUGAGAAUUAGGCAGUACGGUCCUUCCAGUUCGCGGUUCUUAGCGAGUAGUAUGCUGACUGCAGCUGCCGGAUUCAUGAGUUUACGAAACCGGGACCAGUUGGGGCCGGUUGAGACUGUGCAAACCAUAUCGCCGCAGCUUCCCAUGCACUUCCCAAGGCUGUAUGACGGUCGUACAAUGGUGAUACCGGUCCUAGACGUAACGUCCCCAAUCCCCAGGGCCAAGGGCGCCAAGGGACCGACGGGAGCCAACCGCAUGCGUGCCGACACUUUGGCAGCGUUUGGCUUUGACUUCUGUGCCACAGGGCUGCGGAAGCUUUGCGGUGUGAGCAGUACUUCCUCGGCGGAGGAGUCCGCAAAAAGAUCGAUGACCGCAACAGGAAGUUGGUUAGCGGUGCUUGUUUCCACAUGAGCAAGCAACGGCGAACAAGCUCCAGCUCCACACGACGACCGCAAGUACCACGUUGCGGGGGAUACUGCAACCCUGAUAAGGAAGGG